UCUACCAUCGAGCUUGCUAGCUCAGGAGUCAGGAGCCAGAUAGAUCCCUCUGAUCAUCUGUUGGGCGCCAUGGCCGUGGCUGCGUCGCAGUUGUUCAAGUGGGUGCUUCUUGUCGCGGCGUCGGCGAGCCUGCUGGCGCGCGCGGACCUGAGGUACGAUUUCUACAACACGUCGUGCCCCGGCGUGGAGAAGCUGGUGCGCGAUGAGCUGGCGCUCAAGUUCGCCGCCGACGUCACGCUCCCGGCGGGGCUGCUCCGGCUGCACUUCCACGACUGCUUCGUGCGCGGGUGCGACGCGUCCAUCAUGCUCAAGUCGCACAACGGCACGGCGGAGCAGGACGCGGACCCCAACUCCACGGUCCGCGGCUACGAGGCCAUCGAGGACAUCAAGGCCAAGGUGGAGGCCGCCUGCCCGCUCGUCGUCUCCUGCGCCGACAUCAUCGCCAUGGCAGCGCGCGACGCCGUCAACUUCAGCCAGGGGCCUCUGUACCAAGUGGAGACCGGCAGGCGCGACGGCAACGUCUCCCUCAAGGAGGAGGCACUGCAGUUCCUGCCGCCCUCCGAUGGCAACGUCACCGUCCUCACGGAGUACUUCGCCGUCCAGAACCUCACCAUGAAGGACAUGGUCGUCCUCUCCGGCGCGCACACCCUCGGCAUCGCGCACUGCCCGUCCUUCUCGAAGCGUCUCUACAACUACACCGGCGCCGGCGACCAGGACCCGUCGCUGGACGCGGCGUACGCCAAGAACCUGGCGACGGUGUGCACGCCGGAGAACGUGGCGAGCGUGCAGCCGCUGGACCCGAUGUCGCCGAAAACGUUCGACCAGGGGUACUACCAGUCCGUGUACAACCACCAGGCGCUGCUGGUCUCGGACGCCGCCCUGCUCAACGACAGCCUCACCGGCGCCUAUGUGCAGCUCAUGAACAACGCCUCCUCCCUCGACACAUUCUUCGCUGAUUUCGCUGUCGCCAUGAUCAACAUGGGCAGGGCCGGCGUGCGCACCGGCACCGACGGCGAGAUCAGGGCGACGUGCGCCAUCUACGUCGACUGAUCCAUGAUCCUGCUGCCAACAUAUAUUAGCCCUUUUUAUUUCUCUUGAGAUUUCCUUGGUUUCUCCCGUCCUUUAGUUAUUUAAGUCAUUCAUGUUCGCGGCAUUUUGAAACAAUACUAUAUUGGUUGGAUGCUUGAUUGGUUUGAGGUCAAUAAAAGAAAAAAAAAAGAGAAGUGGUAAUUUACAUGAUGA